UGAAGACUGGUUUUGAUACUGACCACUCAUCACCAGAGUUGCGCACUGUACAUGUCUCUCCCCCCUGGAUGGUAUGCCUCGUUUGAGGUCACCACCUCCCUUCAUCUUGGAGGAUAUUGGGAUCUGCUGAGAACGACCGACCCAGCCCAUGCAAGGAGAGAGACGCAUUCAUGCGCUUUUCUCAGAUUCAACCGACCACCCCAAGGCUCUGCUCUUGCUGUUUCCCUGACUCUCACCGUACGGCUGCACUGCCGCACGUCCGUGUGCGGUGCGACAGAUAGACAGCGUAGGCUGGAUGGAUGAAGGCCAGUCAGGUCCAAUCAAGAGGGAGCAGCAAGACGCUCCACAACCAGCCAGACAAUCAGAUAGCAGACAUCGCGACCAUCCGUGCAUCCAUUGGCAGAGGUCGCCAGCAAGUGAUAGGCUGAGGUCGCCAGCAAGUGAUAGGCUGCAUGCAGCACUCCUCUCGCAUCUCAGACAGACAGACAGACAGUACUUACGUUACUUUACGGUACCGAUACAAUGAAAUCCACUCAGCUAGCCAGUAGCCGUCCAUCCCCGUUGCCUUUUCCCUCGCCCCCUCCCCUGUAGGAUAGAUACGAUUUGGUACGGUAGGAUACGAUACGAUAUACAGAAUGCAUACUUACUGACGGCUAUGUAUACGUACAGGUCUACGUAUGAGCAAUCACGGCGCAGGGACGAGUCAGUCUGACAGACAGACAGAUAGUAAGUCGAGUAGGUGAAUGAGUAGGAAGGGUAGUGUAGGUGAGUGGAGUCAGUCAGUCAGUGGGAUGACAGCGUGGAUUGCAUGCAGGUCUGCAUGUCUGUCUUAUUUAUUGCCGAGGCGGGCCGCGAUUAGCGGCCCACCCCUUCAAACUCACGACAAGAUUGCAAAUUACACAGCACCGACCGACAGGUGGGACAAAUACACACGCACCCACACGCCCACUUGAUCCAAGUGAGUGCGCACUCGCACGCCCACGGGCAGAGAGAGAGAGAAAGGGAGAGAUGCAGUGGUGAGGCAGAGCGCCCAUGUGUCGUGCCUCCUCUCCCUCGACCCGCCCCGCCCUCAUCGAUGCCUUAAAACAGAAAGAAAAGUAACACAAAAAUAUCCAUCACGAACGUGAAAGCAAAAACGAGAGACGACUAGAAAUAGUGCAUACAUACACACAAGAGAGCGAUAAGGCGCCUGGCCAGCUCAGCUCCAUCCAUGUGAAUCGUCGAUUCAGCACAGAAGGGGUCAAUCAAGCUGACCAUUACCAUUCGGAAGACAAUUACGGAAAUUCCGCUGAGAAGAUAAGAGAGGAGAGGAGAGGAGAAGAGAAGAUGAUAUAAGAUAAGAGAAGAGAAGAGGCGGCAAUAGAUGCACGAGAGAGAAGUCCGUAGAGAGGUGGAAGCAAGCACAGUUGUCAGUCAGUCAGUCGCUUGAUCAAGAGCCAAGCGACCAAAAUAAUAAUAUAAUCGUCCCCUUCCCCAGUUUGCAAAGUCGGCCCGCUCUUCCCCCGCGCCACGCCACGCCACGCCACGCCAUUCUUUAAAAGACAGCUUCCUUGAUGCACACAGGUACGAAAGGGACGGCCAGCCACCGGUCGGUCGACACAUUCUAGCCGCCUAUUCUGUUGCGACACUUGUCAUCAAGCCAGGCUCUGCUCUGAUCCGAGCAACAGCAUAGUCAGUCAGCCACUCAGCCGCUCACCCGACCCGACAACGACAAAGUGAAAACACAGCAAAUCAUACAAACAAACAUACAAACAAACAGGCCCACCUCCCAGCCGUGUGUAAUCCAUCCAUUAAGUCAGCACUCAGGAGGCCUUGGCCUGCGGCUCCGCCCCAAUGAACCCCUCGGCCAUCUGGUCGUCCUCCUUUUGCUGUUGCUGCUCCUCCUGCUGCCGUCGCGCCUUAUCCUGCCCAACCACGUCACCACCCGUGUGUGCCACAUGGUGACCCUGGGCCUCCGUCGGGCUGACGCCACCCAGGUAUCCAGCCGUGGCCCUCGACGAUACUGGCGACACACCACUCACAAACGACGCACCAGCAGGGGCAACGGCGGCGGCAGCAGCAGCAGCGGUAGAUGAAGCCUCAUCUACCAUCUGGUUGCUGGCAACUGCGGCAGCGUGCAUGUCACCCACACCGACACCGAAUGCUGCCAUGCCGACGGGCAGGGAAGGCGCGCCGCCGCCCACCACCCCCGUGUGUGAGUGGUCAGACAUCGCUGCCGCCUUUUCGGCGUGGUCGUCCCCAUGCAGGGGCACUGAGCCGGGGCUGCUGCACGUCUGCGCAGUGGUCGACUGGCCGUCCUGACCGGCGGCACCCAUCAGCUGGUCCAGAGAUCCGACGGACGGGGCGGAUGCCGUGGCCGCUGCUGCUGCCGCGAUGCACUCCGGGGGCAUGUCCUGCUCGAUUGGUGGGAAGUUGGGUGCGAGGUUGGGGUCUUUGAGCGAGUGGAGGGGCGGGUAGUUGCCCCAGUUGGUGUCGUGUGUCUUCUUGCCGACGCAGGGCUUGUCGCAGAAGGACAGGUAGAUCAACGGACGCCAAGAUGCAUCCUGUAGGGAGCACACCGAACACAGAAACGGACCAGGCCAGGGGUGUCUGGUUUGGCUUGGCUUGGUGUGGUGUGGUGGUGGGACUGCUUUCUUUGCUCACAAUGUGUCGGGUGCCUCUGUGUCGCGUCAGGUUGUCCAUGAGGAUGACGUCGCCCAUGCGAGCGCGAGAAUGCACAGUGCCCCUGGCAGACCCUGAACAGCCAAACAUACAUACACACACACAUGAAUAUCAUCCGCAGAGAUGGGGCCAUCACCCACCCACCCACCCACCCACCCAAACUCACCUGGUAUCUUGAACUCGGUGCCGCUGUUGGUCUCGGUGAUGUCCACCAGCGGCACAAAACCAGUCACUAUGUUCCUGCACACAACACACACACACACACACACACACAGAGGCAAGCAGCGAACGAACAUACAAACCAUCCCCAGACGCCGUCAGUACACGCACACACGCACACACGAGUCCACCACAUUUCAGGCCUGGCUAGGUGGUCGUCAAGCUGUCUGCAGCCAGCCGGCUGGCCGGCGUCUCAAACCUAAUACUAAGGCGAGACGCGGCGGCCGGGCCGGCCACUCGACCAGUCCGAUGCAUUCAUGUGUCAUCAUGCGUGGCGUGCGGGUGUGGUGUGCGCCCCGUCCACGAGUGUGUGUGUGACUGCUCUGCUCACGUGUCUAGGUCCGAGAAGUAGUCGUUGUGGUACUUCUGGUCGUGCUGGUGGGGGCCGCGGGACAUGAUGUAACCUGCAUCACACACACAUACACAUACACAUACACACAGGAGUCACCAUUGCCGGUGCGUGGGUUGGUGUGUGACAGACAGAGAAGAGAGGCGCACCGAGUGUGAUGCGCCGCCAGACUGAGUGGUCCUCGCUUGUCGGCCACGUCUGAAACUCACUGAUGACACCACACGCAUUGAAGCGUCACUGUGCUGCCCUCCUGGCCUUCAUUGCCUCUCAGUCAGCUGUGAGUGUAUGUAUACCUCUUGAUAGCUUCCAUGAAGAGUUUCUCGAUGCCCUUGAAGGCCGCCAGGAUCUUCUCGUGAAGCGCACCCAACUCACCUACACCCACACGAACCACCCGGAUCAAUCAAGAGAGCAGAGCACCAUGACGGAUGCCCCUGGCCUCCAGACAGCGACAGCUCCUCUGUGCGUGCGUACCGAUAUGUCGCGUGUGGGACAGGUUGACGUCAAUCCGCCUGAGUGGUGAGAAGUGAGUGGCUGGAAAGGUGCGAGCCUGUCUGUGUAUGUGUGUCUUUACCCGGUGGUGCCUCUGCACGCGAUGCUGUUGUACUUGAAAGGCAUGUUGACAUCCGUCACUUGGCCAACACUGCACAAAGAAAGACAGACACAGACGAGUGUGGUGGUGCGUUGGAUGGAUGGAUGCCUGCACUGCAGCACUUGGGCUGGCUCACUAGUGCAGCAGCGUGGAGAAGUGCCUGAUGACAAGGUUCUGCAGGUACUGGAUGAGCGCCGUCGACACACGCUGCUGAUACCACUGCACGCCAUCCCUGCACACACACACACACAUUGUUACGCCAGCCAUGCGCUGCCUGAGUGCAUUCACACACACAUGGCCAUCCCUCCCUACCUGAGGAGGAAGCAGUCGGUGAGGUCUGUCUGGAAGCUGGAGCUAAAAAUAUGCACCGGGUUCCGCAGCGCCUGCCCACAGGUCUCCCCCACGAACCGCUUCCGCGACAAGAUCAUGUCCUCGGGGCUAACGUCCGCCCACAUCGAGGGGUGGAUGCCCCCAAACUCCCCACCCUCACCACGCACCCUCCCCACCUCAGCCAUCUUCGUGAACACGUCCCUCUUGACUCCUGUCCGCGGCGCCGUGGGCCUCGCCCUCCCGCGCCCAGCACCGCCAUGGCCAUGGCCGCCCGUGGAUCGUGUGGGACUGGAUCGGGGCGAAGGGGAGGUCUCCGUCUUGAGUGUGGGCAUCGGCAGCGUGGGUGCGGGUGGUUGGUUGUCUGCGAAGAAGACGGCCGGCAGCUGCGGCCGGUUCGUCUCCUCCGCCCUCCUGCGCUUGCGGCGUGACCAGCCGCCCCGCAGUCGGCUGGUCUUGCCCCUGCGACUCCUGCCAGUUGUGGACGUGGCCGUGCCGUCGAUGGGCGUCGUCAUGGGGAUGAGCUCCUUCUUGCUCGCAGCUGCGAUGAUCUCCUGAAACGGCAAACCGGCCGGGGCGCUGGGCUCCGGUGAUGCGGCCAUCUGGUCGGCCGGAUCCUGCUCCUGCUCCUGCUGCUGCUGCUGCUGCUGGGUGUCGGGUGCGAUGAAGUGGCCCUGCCCCUCCGCCUCUGGCUGCUGCUCCUGCUGGUGCUGCUGCUGCUCUGUGUCCCGGUCCAUGCCUUGGUCGGGGGAAGGUUGCCGCUGCGGGACCGUGGGACUGGCGCUGCUGUUGAUGAUGUGGUCGAUGUGGAUCUGCACCGCCACAUCCCACACACCAAACAGGUGGGCGCACUGCAGCAGCUGAGGGAUCGACGCACGGCGCAAGUCCAGGCCCUGGAGGCCGGCCUGCUGCAUCAUGACGUCGGUCUCUGCCCGAUGGGUCUGGCGGUGCUCGCGUAUGAGCUGCAGCAGCCUCGCGCGGCCCUUGUUGCCGAUUCGCAGAGUCAUGCCCUGGGUGUAGGGGAUGUCGCUGGGAGAGAGGUUGCAGGGCACCGACGACGACAGCUCCUCACUGACCCGCUCCUCCCCCGCCCCUCCGCACACUUGCAUGGCCUUGUCCAGCCCACAGAAGGCCGGCGGCUGCCCCUCCAUGGCAACGGGGAAUGACGCACCGGGCGGGCUGGCCAUUGCCGUUGCUGCAUCAGUCGCCAUGGGUUGUGGGGGUGGGCCCAUCCAUUCUGACGGCGGUGCUGGUGCCGCAUCGCCCGCCUCGGAAGCAGGGUCGCUCGGGACAGGAACCGAUGCAGGCGCCACCCCGCACAUGCGGCCGUAUGACUCACCCGGAAUGCCCGACAUCAGCGGCACACCCAUCGCUGUGGGAGUAUUGCACGACGGCACCGCAAGCAGCUGGCUCGGGUCGUCUCCCCCCACCAGCGUGUUGCUCUCACUGCCCUCAGCCCUCGAUGGCGAUUUGUCGGUCGUCGAGCGCGCUGGCGGUUUGGUGCGCUGCUUUGCCCGUGGCGGCCUAUGUCGUGGCUUGGCUGGCUGUGGAACGGGCAGCUCUGCGGGCUCCUGGGGAGGUGUGGGGACCGGGGGGAUGAGGGUGCCGUCGGGCAUGGGCUUGCCCGUCGUGACGGCGGUGCCUCGCGCUGUGAAGUACUGCUGGCAGAUCUCCAUCCAGUCGGGGGACGUCUGCCACAUCUGAGAGAAGAGAAGAUCCACACACACAGCAUCAUGAGAAUGAGGCAGGGAGGGACAUGUGUGUGUGUGUGUGUCUGUGUGUGACCUGGAAUCCUGUGAAGUUGAGGGCCUGUUUGGUGUGUUUGUUCUGCUUGACCCCUUGGUGGUUGUUGACGUAUGCCGCACAGACCUCAGGAAACUGACCGAAACACCGCGUCAGCGCCAGGAUGAGGGCACUGACCUGCUCCCAGUAUCCCGUCCCCCACAGACACCGCACGUCGGCCACACGCUCGCCCUGCCACUCAAUCACCUCCACCAGACACCCGCCCACCACAUCCCUCUCCUCCCGUCCUGGCGGCUUCCUCUCCUGUUUGUGGCUGACGGCUGGGGAUGGGGAGGGGUCCGUGUCGGUGUGUCGGGGGGAGGGGGACGGCGAGGGCGAGGGAGAGAUGGGGGUCUCCUCCUCGAGCAGCACGAUGACGCCCUCCAUGUGUUCACACAUCUCGGGCUUGCGCAUGUCCGCAAUGCUACCAAGCAGACAGACAACCAUAGCACACAGAGAGGACGGACGGACAGCCGAUGAAUCAAUCCGUUGUUUGUUCCCCUUCUCCCUUCCUGUUCCGUCAGCCUCUUACGCGUAUAUGAGCUGCACCGGCACGACCCUGCCCCUCCGCUGGAGAAUGGUCAGCAGCCUCUCGGCAAACUGGGGGUUAGGCGCCGGCUCGAUGACGGGCAGCAGGUCGUGCUGCUUGGCCAGCCGAAUCAUCUUGUGGUACGCCGAGAGCAACUCCUGGUAGUCAUCCGGCCGCUGGUAGGUGGCCUUCAUCAGGGGGUCGGUCGCCACAAAGGCGCGAGGGGGAGCGGGCGGGGGGCCCUUGCGCUUCCUGCCGCUGCGAGUCGACGGGCCGUCGUAGUAGAUGACGUCGUUCUCUGAGGUCUUGUCGCUGUCAUUCUCGAGACCAGCGUAGUCCAUUCUCUUCUUCUCACGCAUGUGGUACGCCAUGGUCCUCCAAGGUGGUGGUCCUCACCCCUAGGUCCUCACACCGAUGGAUAAGUGGAGGGCGAGAGGCAGCAAAACGGGACACCGGGGGGAUCUUACGGUCACAGGGAUGAGUCGAGGGGGGCGUGGGCUACACCGGCAGAUGCCCUCUGGCCAGAUGCAUGAGUCGGGGGGCCGAAAGAGAGAGGGAGUUCGCUGAUCUCGUCGUGAGAGUGGGGUGGGUCAACGACAGACCGGAAUGACGUCCCAGACAACCCAAACGGAGCAACAGCUGCUCUGCAUCGAUAUCAGCGCCCACAUGCUUCCUCCG